AUGGGUGCGCCAGCAACUGCUGGGCCCAGGACGGUGAAGCGGAGGAGAGGGGGAGCAGCGCAGGUCGGGGAAGGCAGUCCCUGAGCCACCACCUGGAGCGCGCAGCUGGCGUUCUCCGUCAGCGGCCUGGCGUGGCAGCCCUGGGGCUCUCCCCCACCCCCACCCGAGGGCGCACCUCCUGCUGAACCAGGACUUCAGCAAGGCCGAAUGGGCCCCGCGGCUUCUCUUGGGAAAGGGCACCUUGGACUCCUCGGCGGGAGCGCUCUGUUCCGCCACCCAGUGCCCACGGCGCGCCUGGCCAUCCCGCUGCCAAGCAGCCCCUCGGUGGCCCUAGCUCAUAGGGGAUGUCUGCUACGUGCGGGUUGCCCUAUGGGGCAGGUCUCCAUCCAGGCCGUGGUGGCCGCUUUCUUUAUUCUCACGGGGCUCCUACGGUGGGGGAGCUUUAAUUGGGCUCUUCAGCUAGCCCUGGUCACAGUGGACCGGGCAGGACAUUCUCAUUGCUCAGCAGCCACUGGGACUGCCUUUGGAAGUGAAAUCACAGAACUGCCCACUCAUUGCUUUGGCUGUCUGCUGCAUCUUAACUAUGAGGAUGGGGAAAAAAGACUGCGGGAUGGAUGGCUUCAUCAGAUUGCUGGGGAGGGAGAACUGGAGCAGCCAGUGGGCCCAAAAGGAAGAGCAGGGAGGAAGGGAGGCGUGGCAGACCCAACACCAACUUGUGCCAGGCCUUGA